GCUGGCGGGGAGGCACUUCCGCAACCAGGACCUGUACAUUGUGGAAGCUCGUUUUCUGUGAAGUGUAUCGCAGUUGCAUGUAGUUAACUGCAAUAACUGUACUGGGUUUUUUAAAACUAAAUUAAAGGUUUGGUUAUUUAUUCUUUCACCGGAGGAUUUUGAGCACACCGGCGGUUUAUCCUCGCUGUUUAAUCUCCGAAGGACCCGGGCGAUCGUGGUAUCAUUUGUAUGUCAAGUCCUCCUGGGCACUGAAUUGCACACUGUCGCUUUCUCGUUCUCUAACCGGUGGCGGAGUGGCAAAGAAAAAGUGCAUUUCAGAUUAGGGUCUUAUUUUGUGUACACCAUUGCAUUUCAGUUGCACGCUGCUUGCGGUGGUUCAUUUGCAGAAACGUGUUAAUUAGGACUGUGCAUCGUGGUUAGUGCUGGAGCAGGUUAUUUCGCGAAAGCUGCUAACAGCUGAGUGGUUUGGCAUCGUGCUGGGUGACUGCCGGCACAUCGUUAUAAUGACGUGCUGAGCGACAGGCCUCGGGUUUCCUCUCAUAGCGUAUCUUGUUCUCAGCUCGCCUGCUGUAUUUUUUGUAACUUUGUGUCGCACGUUGUAUAGUGUUAUUUUUAGUUGGGGGCGAGGAUAUACUUUUUUUUUUUUUUUUUUUUUUUAUCUAUAAACUCGCUGUUUGGUUAACGUUGUGUGCAGUGUUGUUUGGUUUCUCGACUACAGAUCUUGAAUAUAUAUUUUCUGUUUGCUUAAUGCCACUACAGACCGUAAUACAACAUACACCGAGUGUAUUUGCUUUUUAAAAACAAUAUAAAGUCGCCUUUAAAGAUUCUUAGAGCGCGCAUUUUAAAACCGAUUCGUGGCGUUUAAGAUUGAGAAGAAGCGAUGAAUGGGUUCAGUACCGAGGAGGACAGCCACGACGGCCCUCCUGUUGCCCCGUUUUACGGCCAGAGCUGCUGCCUGAUCGAGGACGGGGAGCGCUGCGGCCGAUCAGCUGGGAACGCCUCCUUUAGCAAGCGGAUCCAGAAGAGCAUCUCCCAAAAGAAACUUAAACUGGAUAUCGACAAAAGCGUCAGGCAUCUGUAUAUCUGUGAUUUCCACAAGAACUUCAUCCAGAGUAUUCGCAACAAGAGGAAGAGAAAGACCAGCGAUGACGGGGGGGACUCUCCAGACCACGAUGCAGAAGUGCCAGAGGUUGAUUUGUUUCAGCUGCAGGUGAACACGCUGCGCCGUUACAAAAGGCAUUACAAGCUACAGACCAGACCUGGCCUCAACAAAGCUCAGCUGGCAGAGACUGUCAGUCGCCACUUCAGGAAUAUCCCCGUGAACGAGAAGGAGACCCUGACCUACUUCAUCUACAUGGUGAAAAGCAACAAGAGCCGGCUGGAGCACAAAUCAGAAAGCAGCAAAGCACUGGAAUAAGUGUGCGCCUUUCUCUUUCUUUACAGCUUUGAAUAACUGCUGGGAUACAAACCAAGCAUGAUGGAGAGAAAGAUUGCAUUGCAGGCAGCCACACCUCCCUCCUCAAGACUGCGUAUCCAUUCAAAACCGUAGCUACGAUGUAUAUCACACAGCCAUACUUACAGCUUGGGACAAAAGUGUUGCAUUACGUUGAGCUUUAGGAUUGAGACAGAAACUAUAGAAGUCUACCGGAAGCCAUAAUAGUACAGUAUUUAAAUUUGUCAGUUUUUCGUUAAGUAUACUGAAGACGAAGCUGUAUGUAUAGACUAACGUUAUUCAGAAGGUUUAAUUCAGCUUUAUGAAGCAAAAUGAGUUAAUUCUGUAGGGUGAUGCAAAACUUUUGGACAUGGUUGUAGAUACUAUAUAUCAAAUUCUGAAUGGUGCAAAAGCAUUUAGUUAGGAAAAUGUCGUAUCCCUACACAGUGGGGAAAGAAAACAUUUUUUUGGAGCUAACUGUUAUUUUGAAAAUAUUUCACGCGAGUGAUAAGAUUGUGUGCCAAAACACAAAGAAAAUGAAAUCUGUUCUUGUAAAGUAUGAGAACAAAGCCAAACGAUACAAGACUGGCGUGAAAACCAGACUGAGAUUGAUUCGGGGACGUGCAGCCGUUAGAAGUGUGUUACAGAAUUAGGGAAGCGUGUGCUUUGCACGCUGUAGAUAGAUCUGUUACUGUCCCAGUGUAGGAUGGCAUGUUCCUGAGACUCGCUGCAGACGCAGUGCUUUGUGGAAGUGGGGGGUUGUUUGACAUAUUGAAUAUCUCGAUACUUCUGCUUGUUUUCUACACAGCGGGCUGGCAUGGAAGCCCAUGCAGGUGUUUGAUUUGAUGUAUUGACACGUGUGUACAUUUUCAGAUUCGUGAAUGCGUCGUUCUUGUGUCCCUUAAAGCUAAGCUGUUUGCGCUACUAUUUGUGUCUUUAUAUAAUUUUUAUUUUAGUGACGUUGGUAUUGUGUUUUUUUUUAAUACUGUAUUUUGUGCAUCUUUCUAAAAGUUUCAGAACAUCAAUAUGAAAGCAGGGGAACGGAUGCCAGCCUGUUCUGAUUUAUUACAGUGUGAAAAUCUUAACCCUGCCUGUUUUGAAAAUACUACGCCUUCCAACUAAAAAAGGACUUUAAGCUUCAGGUUUGUGAGGAGGGUGCGCUUGGGUCUCGCUUGUUUCCAUGGUAAAGCAUGUUACCAGGCAGUGGAGGGGGGCUGGUGCUUGCUACCAGGCAGUGGAGGGGGGGGGCUGUGCUUGUUACCAGGCAGUGGAGGGGGGGCUGGGCUCUUGGUUAAUAAUCUGCGUGUGCUACGUUUUGUCUGAAGUAAAGCACUGGGGGAGCUACAUUGAACAGGGAAGCGCUGUAUCAAGAUGUGAAUGACAAGGGCACUGAGACCAACACAGCAACAGGCAGGGAUGCAAGUAAAUACUCCCAUUGUGUAGCAGUGUGAUCCGUUCCUGGUUUCACUACAACUAAUAAGACAGAUCUGCACGUGUUCCCUGUCCACUGGGGCUAAUUGAGCUCGUAGCACUAAAACCUGCAGUGGGAAGCUGCUAAGCAUCUCUGAGCCUGUGCUAGGAAGAGAAUGAAGUGGCACACUGUUUCCUGUGCUGGAUCCCCCUCCACUGUUUACUGAAGCACAUUCACCUCAAAUACACACUUGUGUUAAAAAAAAAAAAAAAAAAAAAACAACUGCUUCAAGUGAACUGUGCUUCAUGUACACUUGCACAUAUUCUGUAUAGGGACUUUUCACUUUGAAAGUAGAGACUUCACGUUUUGUUU